UUCCACACCCUUUUCCACAAUCUUUCAAAGAUAUAUAUCAAAUCUUCAUUAGUUACUAGUCAUAUUUCUCAUCCUUUUCCAUGGCAUAUCAAGAUAUUCUCCUAAAGCUUGAACCGAAAGACAUUGUUCUAGUAAAACCAUCAAAGCCCACUCCCUCUCCAACUCUUUCUCUGUCUACACUUGACAAUAAAGACUUCAAUAAUAACCUUUGUCAAACUGUUCAUGUAUACCAAUCAUCAACAACUAAUGAUUCUCCUCGUCUAUUCAAACAAGCACUCUCACAUGCUUUGGUUUAUUAUUAUCCUUACGCAGGUAGAAUAAUGAAACAUGUGAAUGAUGAAAAAUUUAGAGUUGUAUUCAGUGCAAACAGUGAAGAAUUUGGAGUUCCAUUCUUAGAAGCAAAUGCUAGCUGCACACUUUCUUCUCUUAAUUACUUAGACAACACUGACACAGAGUUUGCAAAAGACUUGGUAUUUGAUCCUCAAGAUAAGAGUUUCCCUUUAGUGUUCAUGGUGACAAAAUUUCGUUGUGGAGGCUUCACAAUUGGAAUGGGAGUUUCACAUGUUAUCUGUGAUGGAUUUGGCGCAUCUCAAUUAUUCAAAGCCAUUAUCGAACUCGCAAAUGGAAAAUCUGAGCCAUCACUGAAACCUGUUUGGGAAAGAGAGAUACUUGUAGGACCAAUAGUAACUAAACAAAAAGCUUCACAAUGUUUCAUGAAUAAGGAACCCACUUCAUUUUCGCCGUUGCUUCUUAAACCAAACACAGUUGUUAAGCAAUAUUGUUUUAAGAUUGAGAAGAAGGUGAUAGAAAAGCUGAAAAUGCGUUUGAUUAAUGAAAGUCAAGAAAGGUUUGAAUCAGUUACAACUUUUGAAUCACUUGGUGCUUAUGUAUGGAGGGCAAGAGCAAGAGCUUUGAAGCUUGACAACAAAGGGAAAACAGUGCUUACUAUGUUAGUUAGUAUGAGACGUAACAUGGAGGAUAUUUGUCUACCGGAAGGGUAUUAUGGAAAUUCUACAGUUGAUGCAAAAGUUGUGUUAAAAGCUAGUGAACUCAAGGAGAAACCAUUGCAUGAAAUUGUGAAGUUGAUGAAAAAGAUGAAAAAUGAUGCUUUCACAACGGAUUUUGUCAAAAACGCUAUCAAAACUAGUUUGGAGAGAAAUGAAGAGGAGGAGGAUUAUAGCAUUGGAUUAGCUAGUGGUGAGGUAAUGGUUCUGACUAUGUGGAAGCAUUUGGGGUUUCAAGAGAGUAUAAAUUUUGGAGGGAAUGAAGGAGUGGAUAUGGUAAUAGCGCCGCGCAACUUGUUUGCAUCUGCGGAUACAUGUAUCUUCACCUCUCCUAAUAAACUUGAUGAUCAUGAUCAAGCAAUGAAAGGAGGGGUGAGGAUUUUCAUAUCACUUCCUGUUGAUGCUUUUGAGGAAUUCAAAAAAGAGAUUGAGGCUUUAAGGUUUCUUAAUUGAAAUAUGAGUAUAAGGCCAUUUGGUGUUUAGAGGAUUUUUUUACGUCGGUCUUGAGUGUAAUCGUUGUCUUUAAUCCCUUUUUUCAAGCAAUUUUGGUGGUGGUGGUAAUUGAUUGUAUUGGCAGGCUUUUUUGGCCAAAACUUCUCUUGAUGUUUGCUUUUGUGGUUGUUGUUGUGUUUCACUUUUUGUUUUGGUCAAAAGAUGGUUGGUUGUCUUCA